AUGUGGCCCCACCAGAUGCUCCACCUCCCCGCCGCCGGCUACCGGACAAUCGCUCCAGACCUCCGCGGAUACGGCAGAACUAACACACCUACCUCUACCGCUGAUUACAUCGUGUUUCACAUCGUUAUAGACCUCAUGUGCCUCCUUGAUGCGCUGGGGCUCGAUCAGGUGUUCCUUGUGGCGUACGAUUGGGGAGCGAGUAUCGCUUGGAACUUUUGUUUGUUGCGGCCUAAUCGGAUUAAGGUGUUGGUGAAUAUGAGUGUUGUGUUUAGACCUAGGAAUCAGGUUCGGAAGCCGAUUGAGUCGAUGCGCAAGGUGUUUGGGAAUGAUUAUUAUACAUGCAGUGGUUCAGAUUUGUUUAUGACUUCGGUUCAUGAAUAUCUGAGCAAUGGAUGCGGUGGUGGUUGGGUGUUGGUGGUGGGAGAUGGGAUGUGGCGGAUGAAGGUUGGUGGUGGGAGGUUGUGGCGGCAGUUGAAAGGUAGUGGUGGGAGGUUGCGACGGUGGGUGUUGGUGGUGGGAGGCGGAGGUGGUAGUGAAAGGUAG